GAGAGAGAGAGAGAGAGAGAGAGAGUGGAAGGGAUAAUUUCAUAGAUUAUACGUAACGUGGAAGGACGGAGGAUGGUAAAUUAGAAGUGAAUUCCAAAAUUAGGGUUCUGCUCUCACUUGUAUUGUCCGACCAUAAGGCCGUCUGAUACUUUUGACCUCGACGGCUAUUCCACAACGUCACCCGUUAAACAAAGCUGUUUUUCAAGCUUCCAUUAGAUACAUAAAAUGCCGAAGACAAGAGCAAGAGCUGCUGCUGCUGCUGCUAAGGUGACUGAGCCUGUAAUGCCUGCUGAGCCUGAAGAGCAGGUGGAGCUUGAUGGGUCUGAAGAAAUGGAAGAAGAGGUUGAAUAUGAAGAAAUUGAGGAAGAAGUAGAGUUGGAGGAAGAAGAAGAGGUGUUAGAGGAAGAAGAAGUAGAAGAAGAGGGAAUUGAAGAGGAGAGUGAUAAUGAUGCUGCUAAUGGUGCUCUUGCAAAAGCCAAUUCAACUUUGGCCAAUAAUGAAUCUGUGAAAGAGGAUGGUGAAGAUCUGGAGGAUGAAAGCAAAAAGCAUGCUGAACUUCUUGCUCUUCCUCCACAUGGAUCAGAAGUGUAUGUUGGAGGCAUCCCUCCUACUGCAACUGAAGAAGAGUUAAGAAGUUUUUGUGAAUCAGCAGGGGAAGUUACUGAGGUUAGAAUGAUGAAAGGAAAAGAUUCAUCAGAGAAUAAAGGUUAUGCUUUUGUUACUUUCAGGACAAGAGAGUUGGCCUCAAAAGCUAUUGAAAAACUGAACAAUACUGAAUUCAAGGGCAAGAAGAUCAAAUGUUCUGCAUCUCAAGCAAAACAUAGGCUGUUUAUUGGUAAUAUUCCUAGAAACUGGACAGAGGAUGAUUUGAGGAAGGCAGUGCUGGAGAUUGGCCCGGGUGUUACUAGCGUGGAUUUGAUGAAGGAUCCACAAACUUCUAGCCGCAACCGGGGAUUUGCUUUUAUUGAGUUUUACAACCAUGCUUGCGCUGAAUAUUCUAGAAAAAAAAUGGCUGUUCCAAAGUUCAAGUUGGAUUCUAAUGCCCCUACUGUCAGCUGGGCUGAUCCUAAAAGUGGGGAUUCCUCUUCUCAGAUAAAGUCAGUUUAUGUCAAAAACUUACCCAAGGAUGUUAGCCAAGAUCAGUUGAAGAAGCUAUUUGAGCACCAUGGAGAAAUCUCAAAGGUUGUGCUGCCUCCUGCAAAGGCUGGGCAGGAGAAAAGAUUUGGUUUUAUUCAUUUUGCAGAACGAACAUCAGCUAUGAAGGCGCUUAAAAACACCGAGAGAUACGAAAUUAAUGGUGAAGUUAUUGAGUGUUCCCUUGCAAAGCCCCCAGCCGAUAAGAAAGUGGAAUCUACAUCUAAUUCACGUAAAGGUGCUCUCCUGCCAAGUUAUACGGCUGGUCGGGUUGGAUAUGGAGUCAUGGGAGGUGCUUAUGGUCCUCUCACUCCUGGUUUUACACCGGCCAUGAUUUAUGGAAACAGACAGGCAGCUACUGGCACUGCAAUGGUUCCUAUAAUGUUACCUGAUGGGCGUAUUGCUUAUGUCGUGCAACAACCUGGAGUGCCUAUAACUCCGCAGUCACAUGGUGGCCAUAGAUCUACCAGUAGUCGCAAAGGAAACGAUAACCGGGGCCGCCGCUACAAUCCAUACUGAACUUUUGCCUGUAGCAAUAUCGUUGUAGCUGUGUUUCCCUGAAACUGUAGCUUGAAACUUUUUUGUUUUUUGUUUUUUUUGGGUUGACUAAGAGAUUGUACGCUUUGUUUUGUAGUAUCGAUUCGGUAUUUUGUUACGUAAUUUAUUCACGAGGACGUUUUACUAGAUUCUAAAACA